AUGGAAUCAUUCGACUAUCGCCAGAAAGUCCAGGAACACCUGGACGACCAGCGCUGGAACAUCGCCGAUGAAUUCGACGAAAUCCUCUGCGAUUACGAAAGCAACCCUCGCCCCUUUCAGGAAGUCCACGCCCAAGUAUCCCGUCUCUUCAACCAAGACCCAGAACUCCUCUCCGGUUUCCAGGAAUUCCUCCUUGACACCUAUCCCGCCCAAAACGCCCAAGUCCUCGCGGAUCAGGCGGAAAGGCACGAAGCUCACAGAGGGGCGUGCGAGCGGCAAUCCAAUUCUCCUCUUUUGAAUCUACCUAGAGAGAUUAGGGACAAGAUUUGGGCCGAGGUAGCUCUAGGGAAUGUUGUUCAUGUUUCUCCCAGCAGAGCUGGAUGGUCUUUUUGGGGGAGGAAGGCAGGGAAGUUUUGCUUUCAUGUUUGUAGGGCUGAGAAGGGUGCGGGGAGUUCGGCUUGUCCGCCUGGUGUGGGAGAUCAUGCUAAUUGCUCUAUUACUGGACCAAGCAACUAUCCCGACAUCAGACUUACCUGCAAGCAAUUUCUCCUCGAACUUCCAGACGCAGAAACAACAUUCUCCUCCCAAACCGCCUUUCAAUUCGCAGACCUUAAAACAGCCGACGCAUUCCUGUUCGGCCUUUCCGAACCCCAGCGGUCUUCCAUAACUCACUUGAAAUUAGCUCUUCCGCACAACAUUGCAAGUAGUGAGAAUUUCGAAUUGUGGAACGGUAUUUUAAACUAUUUUAGUAAUCCAUGGGAGCGAAAAUCUCUUCACAUGGAUCCCAAACCAGAAGACAAGCCAGCCAUGCUGAGAGAACCUAUUUAUUUCUACUACUCCCGCUGCUAUUAUGAAAACAAUACGGAGAGGAUGUACAAACGAUAUCAAGUUGGUCGAGGCGGGUGGAGCUGGGAUGUGGGGAUUUCAGAUUUGAAGUAUAAAGGCGAACCGAAGCUAGAUCUGGCUAUGCAAGUGGUGACUAGUGGCCAGGUCGAGGACACCGAUGCAGCUACCUGGACCGCCGAUUUGGACUCGGUAGCAAACUGGUGUAGACCCUUGCUCCAAUUCAGGCAAUACGACGGAUUGACUUUCCAUCUCUAUAAUGAUGAGGGUCUCACCAGCACGCCUGAGUUUGAAGCUUUUGUCGCUGCGCUUAAAGAACACAUGGUGGAACCUGUUAUAGGGCCUAGGAAGUGCAUGUUCUUUGCUGGGGGUGCGUAUGAAGAUGGGGACGAAAGCUAUUUUGCUCUUGUGGGGGAUCAUUAA